AUGCAAGAUUUACUUACGGAGAAAGUUCUUGCCGGAAAAUCCAAGAUAGAAGUCUAUUUCCCUCAUUAUGCCACUUACCAGGCUCCAGCUGAUACAUUGGCGGAAUACCGUCAUGAAAACUCGGAAGUUGUACGCGCCCGAUUUUUCUUCCGCGAUGAAUUCCUUAAAGUAACAUCAAAUAAUAAUGGUGGACGUCAUUAUUGUUAUCCUCAUUUGACAUGUGCGGUUGAUACAGAAAAUAUUCGACGCGUAUUCAAUGAUUGUCGCGACAUCAUCCAGCGAAUGCAUCUACGACAGUACGAAUUACUCUAG